GCGCUGCGUGUAUGGAGGAAGCAGCUGCUGAUCUGAUCUCUGACAUUGUGUGUGAGACAGACAAGACAUCUGAAUAAACUGCGCGCAGACGUGUCUUUAAACGCACCGCACCGAGGCACGCCGUGCAUGAUUACCUCUUUGAUUUAAUGGGUCCAAUUAUUGGGAUGUCACCAGAUAAGAAAACGGAAAUUCCGGGUAUGCAAGAGGAGCGGGCAGGGCUCAGAGGUGUCUGCGGUGUAGGAACGCUGCCCGAGGCGGAGUGCGCAUCCAGUCCGCUGGCAACUAGCGUGGAUCGUACCGGAGGUACCGAGGAUGAGGAGCUUACUAACCUCAACUGGCUCCACGAGAACCUGCUUCAGAACUUUACUCUCGGGGGCCCCGAAGCUCAGACGAGCGGCAGCCCCCUCUUUGACAUAGAAGGAGACUACGGGUCGAACCAGGGCCCGUCAUCCUCUUCCUCAUCUUCGUCACACAACAGAGGCAGGGAGAGGGAUUCGAUGAAGUCGAAACCGCCUUUCUCAUUUUCCCUGCUCAUCUACAUGGCCAUCGAGCAGUCUCCCAGCAAGUCGUUGCCUGUCAAAGAAAUCUACGGCUGGAUACUCGAGCACUUCCCGUAUUUCUCCAACGCUCCCACUGGCUGGAAGAACUCAGUUCGUCACAACUUGUCCCUGAACAAAUGCUUCCGCAAGGUCGAAAGGAGUUUGGGAAAGGCCAAUGGAAAAGGGUCGCUCUGGUGUGUUGACCCUGAGUACCGCCCCAACCUAAUUCAAGCUCUUAAGAAGCAGCACUUCCCAGCCGCACAUGCCUUCUGCACACCACCCGCCUCCCCACCCAGUGCCUCCUCACCCCCUCGUCAUCUCUUUCUACAAGGUUGCUCAUUUAAAGAGUCUGACAUUGAUGCUGCCACUGCCAUGAUGCUCUUAAACUCUGCCCCUGGGCACCACGUUGACCCAUGCAAUUCUGACAGCCCUCUGGACCUCUCUCGGCCCGACUCUGUCUUGGUGAGCAGCGAUCCAAAACAGGACCACAACUACAGCAGCGCAGCCCUGCAACGCUGCUCCUCUCGCUCCUCCUCUUCUUCUCUUUCCUCCCUGGACGAAGGCGGCUGCGAACGUAGGCAGUCUCGCCGCGCCGGCAGCGAGGGUUUCCACAGCGACGAGGACUCCGACCUCUGGGACGAGAGGGGCGUUCACCAGACUUCUCGCCGUCCGCUCGCCGUCAAGUGGCCCCUUAGCAAGAGGGCGCGACGUGAGGUCAAGCCAGAGCUGGACGAGGAGCUGAAGGAAGCCGCGGGCUCCUUGCUGCACCUCGCCGGUAUACGCAGCUGCACGGAGGGCUCCAAACGCACUGUCAAGAGCACAAAACUUAGCAGGAAAUGAAUUUUCUUUUACCCCCAUAAGACCCUGGACCCAGUGAAACCCUAACCUCUGACCCCCUGUGUCCCAGUGUGCCUCCUUCUCCUAAUCUGAUCGUUCACUGGCCAUUUUGAGCCUUUUUUCUUUUCCUUUUUUUUUUUUGGUUUGUUUGUUUGUUUGGGAGUAUCUCUGUCCAACAAAACAAAUGGCAAUAGUAUCGUUCACACAGGAGAACAAAGCCAUAUACAGUAACUCGGGGGUAACUUUUGAGGGUGGGUGUUUGGGCUUAUGGAGAACCAUCAAGAUACCUAUCCAAAACGACCUGCCUGCUUUCUGUUGGAUUAGAGGACUGUGAUUCAAGAAGUUUCCUCUCAAAGACAAAAAGUGACACAAGAAGAAAAAAAAAUAAAACAAAAAAAAAAAAGCUGAAAGCUGGUUUUAUAACUCAAAGCGUUGCAUGCUUCCUCUUCAAACCCGUAUCCUCUUCCAAGUGAAUCUAUUUAUGAAGCGAACGAGUGCAUGUUUGUAACAGAUGAAAUCUAACCUCCUGGUGUUGACAUUUUCUCCUUUUAUUUUUCCUUUUUUGUUGUUUUUGUGCUAAAGGAAAAAAAAUUACCACUGUUUGGAAAGGAGUUCCUGCUCUUGUAGAAGAAAAAAGAAAGAGAUGCAAUAAUUAAUCCUCAACCUUAACUUUCUGACAUUAUUCCAUGGUGGCAUUUGUCAGUCAAGUAUGCUAGUUAAACUUUACAAUUAAGCGAAUGAACGGAGUAGUAUUAUGAUCUUGUUAUGCGAUAAACUUACUACACGCGAGCUGCGUCUCGUUUUCAGGAUUAGCAAAAUGUGGAUAUAGUAUUACUCUGCCACUGCCAAAUUGAGUUGCAAAGUUAGCUAGGACUUUGCUUGAUUUUGUGCGGCCAUUACAGCACAGCUGUUUUCUUUCUGUUUGUUUUUGUUUGUUUGUUUUCUUCCCAGUCCACUGCUAAUAGGACAUCUUUUCUCAUGUUUGGCGACAGCCUAUGCAAAGGGAACAUCUGCCUUGUUUUGCCAGUUGUUCGCUGCGUGUUCAUAGGUUAUCCUCCAUAAAUUUUAUUUUUUGUGUGCACGUACACGUGUGUAUCACAGUGCAUGCCGACAUCAGCUCGACCCUUGGAUGACAGUCACGAGAAAAAGAGUUUAAAAAUUUUUUUUUAAUCCUUCUACUGACAAAUACGAUGAAUAUAAUGUACUAUCAUAAUGACACAUCUCCCUGCUACUGCUGUACUGUAAAAGCUGCUCGGUGCUCUGCUUGCUUUGGGCUUUCUGAAUGCAGAGUUGGCUAAUAGUGAGGCGGGGGGUGGGGGGGGAGCGAAUGGUAAAUGACCGCCACGUCUCACACCAAUAUUUGGAUUUGCAGUUUGAUUAUAUCUCUGGUCUUGUUUAUGAUACCUUGUACUUUAGAAAAUUACUAAGUUAUACAGGUAAUUUUGAGUUGGCUGAUCUUGUGGCCAAGUUAAUUCGCAUCUUGAAGGAAGGUGUGUGUGUGUGUUUUUUGUUUUGGGGGUUUUUUUUCUGUUCUGAGACCCACAGCAUAGAGCAUCCAAAUGUAAAUAACAAGAAGGGGGACAGUAUAGUCACAAAGAAGUCAACUCUGUACACGCAGUUGCUCGCAGGCGAGAUGCUGUUUGUGCUCUGUGCUGUGCCCUCGGUUUUGGCUGGCUGCUAGUUUUUCGUCCUUGCUCUUCCUCCUAGAACAAAAUAAGGAAGUGCACGUUCUCUUCUCAAGCUGUGAAAUGGAGUGUUUAUUGUCAGUUGAUUGCACGCGGUUCUCUUAGGGGAAGUUGCGAGCCACUUGCAUAGAAGGCCACAGUUUUCUGUUUUUUAAAAAACAAACAAACAAACAAAAAAAAACCCAAAUAGAAGCAGCGUACAGUCAACAGUAGCAUAGAUGAGUGCUAGGAUAACAAGCUGGAAAAUGUUUUUUUUUUUCCCCCACUGUACUGGAUCACAUGGUGUCACUGUGACUGGUAGUAUAGCGUGCAUGGUCGGUGCCAAACAUUUUGUCGUGCCACUGAUGCAAAACUGCAAACUGGCUGCUUUGUUUUUUUUUGGUUUUUUUGUUAAUAUCUAUAAACCCCUCCUACUGCCACGCUGUAAUUGUGAUCUGGAGUUUUUGAAUCAGGAAACGGGCGAUGACUCUGGUCAGUACGGUGACAUAACCAAUCUUUUGGUUUACAUUUGUCGCUUUUGAGUGGGAACUGCUCUUUGCAGACUAAGCCGCAGUUCUCAGCUGAUAACUGAGUGCAUACACUGGUCUUGUUUAGCUGUGAAAAAAAAAAAGAACAAAUUGUUGUUCAUUAAUCAUCACCUUAUUUAUGACUUUAAUUUAUGGGAUUUUUUUUUUUCGAACGCAUCAGACACUGGUUAUUUAAAAUAAAUGACUAGGCACAGUAAUUUUUUUCCCUUCAUUCUGUGAACUUCCUUUAAUAAGUAUUUUUGUUUUUCUCCUUGUUUAUUUUCAGCAACACACCUUUUUUCCCCCCCUCUUUUUCUGUCUUGUUACAGUGAUUAAGUAUUUUGCCAAUGUCUGUUGUCUUUAGAGCGGGUGUGUUUUCAAUUUAACCAUGACUGCCAGGUUUUCUUGAUGUUUUUGUUUUGCUUUUUGUUAGGCUGGAUAGAAAACAGUUAAUUAACAUUGAUCCUGAAACCUUUUUUUGUUGCCAAAUCGAUGUACAGCUGGGGUGUAGAUAAAUUUAAGAUUGAUGCACCCAAU